GCCACUCUUUUGUCUCUUGCUGCAGCUACAGGAGCGGGAGUCCCCGGAACCUUGGCUGGGAGCGAGACGCCUCGGAUUGUUUUAAGAAAAUGGCAGACAAGCCGGAUAUGGGGGAAAUCGCCAGCUUCGAUAAGGCCAAGCUGAAAAAAACGGAGACGCAGGAAAAGAACACCCUGCCGACCAAAGAGACCAUUGAGCAGGAGAAACGGAGUGAAAUUUCUUAAGAUUCUGGAGGAUUCUCCACCUCCCCUCGUCUUCUUCGAGACCCCAUUCGUGAUGUGGAGGAAGAGCCAGCCACCUCCAAGAUGGACACAAGCAACAAGCUGCACUGUGAACCCGGGCACUCCGCGCCAGUACCACCGGCCUGCGGGUCUCUGAAGGGACUACCAAAUUCUUCGGUUUGCCCUGGGAUAUUAUAGAAAAUUAUUUGUACGAUUAAUGAAAAUAAAACACACCUCGUGGCA